AGAGGAGAGGGAUAGAGAAAGGAUGGGUAAGGACCAGGACCUGCUUCAUGCGGUGAAGACCGAGGAUCUUCUGACGGCGCAGCGGCUUCUCCAGCGACCCAGGCCCGGGAAAACCAAGUUGCUUGGAACAGCCAAGAGGGUCAAUGUCAACUUCCAGGACACAGACGGGUUGUCUCCUCUGCACCAUGCUGCUCUGAGCGGGAACAAGGAGCUGAUCUCUCUACUGUUGGAGGCUCAGGCCACAGUGGACAUUAAGGACCAGAACGGUAUGCGUCCACUGCACUACGCGGCGUGGCAGGGGAAGACUGAGCCAAUGAAAAUGCUCCUGAAGGCGGGAUCAUCAGUCAACAUCCAAUCAGACGAGGGCCAGAUCCCACUGCACCUAUCAGCACAGCACGGACAUUACGACGGAUCUGAGAUGUUACUGCAGCACCAGUCUAAUCCGUGUAUCUCCGACACGGCCGGUAAGACUCCUCUGGACCUGGCCUGUGAAUUUGGACGAGUGGGGGUGGUCCAGCUGCUCCUCAGUAGUAAUGUCUGUGCAGCGAUGAUCGAGCCGAAGCCGUCGAACCCCAACGGCGUCUCUCCUCUUCACCUGGCCGCCAAGAACGGACACAUCGAUGUCAUACGUCUGCUGAUCCAAGCAGGUAUAGACAUCAACAGACAGUCAGAGUCGGGACGGCGCUGCAUCAGGCAGCUCUCUGUGGAAAGACUGAGGUG